CGAUGUUGAUGCGCGAGAGCCGUUCGCGCGUGUGGCUAGCAGCAGAAGCGUGAGGUUAGCAUCAAACUACAGUUCCGCUCAGUGUGAGAGGAGGUCUCCGUCAUGGACGCAGGUAAAGCCAAGGGGGAUCAAGCGGUCCCAAAUCCAGGUGGACCGGGGGACAAACCGGUGGUCAACUUUCAGGAUUUGGAAAGCAUGCUUCCCAAAGCCGUCAAGAGGCGAGUGCACGCUUUGAAAAGGUUACAGGUGCAGUGUGCCAAUAUAGAGGCCAAGUUUUAUGAAGAGGUCCAUGAGCUAGAGAGGAAAUAUUCUGCUCUUUAUCAGCCACUAUUUGACAAGAGACGAGACAUUGUCACAGGAACAGUGGAGCCCACAGACGAGGAGUGUGAGUGGCAGAGUGACAGAGAUGAGGAGGAUGAGCUAGCUGAAGACAUUAAGGAAAAAGCUACUAUUGAAGAUGCAAAGAAAGAAGAAACUCCACAGGAAGACCAAAAAGGCAUUCCUGAAUUCUGGCUUACCAUUUUUAAAAGUGUGGACAUGCUCAGUGACAUGUUACAGGAACAUGAUGAACCUAUCCUUAAACAUCUGAAAGAUAUCCAAGUCAAGUUUUCAGAGCCAGGGCAGCCAAUGAGUUUUACAUUAGAGUUCCACUUUGAACCAAACGGUUACUUCAACAAUGCAGUUCUAACUAAAGUCUAUAAGAUGAAAUCGGAGCCUGAUGAGUCUGACCCGUUCUCUUUUGAAGGCCCAGAGAUUGUUGACUGUGAAGGCUGUCAAAUAGACUGGCACAAAGGAAAAGACGUGACCGUGAAAACUAUCAAGAAAAAGCAGAAACAUAAAGGUCGUGGCACAGUCCGUACAGUCACCAAACAAGUCCCUAAUGACUCUUUCUUCAACUUUUUUAACCCAGUCAAAGCCUCACCAGAUGCAGAGGAGGACGACUCGGAGUUCACCCUCGCCUCUUUAGCCACAGACUUUGAGAUCGGUCAUUUCUUCCGCGAGAGAAUUGUUCCGAGAGCAGUGCUGUACUUCACAGGAGAGGCGGACGAGAGCUUUGAAGAAGAGGAGAUGGAAGAGGGAGAUGAGGAGGAGCAGGACGAAGAGGGCGACGAAGACGACGACGACGGCGACUUUGACCCCAAGAAAGAACAGCCCCAGCCCGCCGAAUGCAAACAGCAGUAACCGUAUCAGUGGACGCGGUGAACAUGUAAAACCACAUCAGUCCUCAGCAAAGUCCUGUGAGCCAGGCCCCUUUUACACGCUCAUGAAAGAAUGCAAUACCGCGUGCAUGACUUUUCAUUAGUCCUGCGCCCAUCUCCCCCAUUUACGUAUUUAUUUGGCUUUGGUACCGUUCAGUGGAAAUGACUCGAGUCUAUUUAAAAAACUUGGCAUUGUGUAUUUUAUUUUCUGGAAGGCGGAGUGGGAGAGUGACUGCAAAUAUCCUUAAACCCCCCCCCCAUGUUUAAAAGACAUGGACGAGGAUGCGCUCUUUAGUUUCAAAGGUAAAUUAGUUACUCAGGGUUUUUAUUGCCAACAAAAAUCAUAAGUUUACCAGGAAACUGCUGAAUAACUAAUGUGUUCAACAGGUUGUAUCUUUUUUGGUGUAUCAUUUUGUGAUGUUUUUAAAAUAGCAAACAAGUUAUUAAA